CAUUCUCAUGCACACGUUAAACCGGUUCAGUGUCACUGUGUGUGAACCGUGUAAACACUCCCGUCGGGAUUUGGGCUCCGUUUUACAGGAUUUGGGAACCGCGCGUGUGCAUCCGUUUUGCUUUGCGGCUCCGCCCGGUGUGCGGUGCGGACUGACUGCUCACAUCUGAGACUUUUAUUGGAUUGACCGACAGCGGCGGGAGAAGGACUGGUGUUACCCCACACACAGGACAAAGAACACGGGGGGAAAUUAAGGAAGAAAUAUCAGAGUGAAAGAAGAGAGGAGUGAAAAUGGAUAAAUGUCUCCUCACAUUCGUCUUUGGUCUUUUAAUGUUCGGUGGAUGCUUGGCCCGGGUGGUGACGGUGUCUCCUGGUCCAUUAAUCCGGGUGGAGGGUCAGCCGGUCUCCAUCAGAUGUGAUGUCAAUGACUAUAGCGGACCUCGUGAGCAGGAUUUCGAGUGGAUGAUGUCCAGGGAGGGGAACGCGCAGAGGACGAAGAUAAUCUCUACCUUUGAUGCCAGCUACUCCCACCCGUCGCUCAGCAAGCGCGUUGCAUCCGGUGACAUCUCGGUGGCGCGACUCGAAGACAACGAAGUGGAGCUGAAGAUAGCGGAAGUGAGGGCGCUGGACGCCGGCUUCUACUGGUGCCAAACGCCGAGCACUGACUCCGUCAUCAGCGGCAACUACGAGGCUCAGGUCCAACUCACCGUCAUCCCCAACACGCUCAAGGUCUCCCCCAUGACCCCACCCCCAGUUAUCCCGGAAGGAAGUGACCUCACGCUCUCCUGCAACGUCACCCGGGAGCUCACCCACCCCACCUACCUGUCCGUCACAUGGUCGGUAAAGAGGGGAGCAACAUCAGAGGACAUUCUGACAUUUGGCCCUCAGGGAGACGUGAUUACAGGGGCUAAAUUCGCCCGGCGCUAUGCUGACGGAGGCAUCCGACUGGUUCCUGGGAAGAACGGAGUGUUUGAACUGGUGAUUUCCAAAGUGACGACAUCUGACGAAGGGAUUUAUGAAUGCAACGGAACUGAGUGGACGCAUGAAAAUGGAGGGAAAUGGAUAAAAAUCGUGGAGAACAAUAAAGAGAUGGGGACUGUUGCUGUUACUCCUACAGGUCAGUCCCUCAGUGUGAAGGCGUCUCCCUCCUCCUCUCCCUCUUCCACAUCUCUGCUCCUCUCCCCCGGCGAGACGCUGACUCUCCUCUGCUCCGUCGCCGCCGACAACCUGCCCGCCCUCGCCCUGGAAGUGACCUGGCUGGCCGACGGCCGCGACAUCGUCACCAUGGAGCGCAGCGGGGUGGUGAUCUCCAACACAUCCUCGAGCAGCGCGCCGGGAAAGCGAGGGGAGGCGAGCCUGGAGCGGACGGGAUCUGGAGAGUACAGGCUGGCAGUGAGGGGGGUGAGCGGGGAGGACGGAGGCGUGUACGCCUGCCGCAUCCGAGCCUUCAUCGAGAAGGGAGGAAGGAGCUCGGGAGGAGGGGGGAGGUGGCACAUGGCAGCUGAGAAAACAUCCAGCCCCGUGACAGUGAAGGUGGCGCAGAUCAAGCCGAACUUCACGGUGACCCUCGAUGCCGUGGUGAACCCACAGAUGACGGCUGAACCCACAGAGCUGGCAUGCCGUGUGACCAACAUUACCCAUUUACCCCCGGGAGGCCGACUGGGUGUCACCUGGGAGCACACCACACUUCCUGGUAUAGGGGAUGAUCCUCAGACCUCGCAUCCCAUUGGCUCCCUGGACAGCCAUGGCAACAUGUUGCCGGGACAGACGUAUUCUGACAGGCUGAAGAGCGGCGUGAUGUCUCUGACCAGAGUCCAGCCCAACACAUUCAAACUGCGGGUUCUCCGCACACAGGAGAUCGACAUGGGCCAGUAUGCUUGCACUGUGUCAGCCUGGAGUGUCAACAGCCAGGGUGACAUGGUGAACACUGUCGAGUACAAGAGCUCACCGCUGACUGUACAGUGGGAUAUGAAACAUCCUACUCUUAACGUCAUUGCCAAACGUAUCCGUGAAGCCACAGUGGGUGGAGCUACCUUUGAGAUGAGCUGCACUGUCUCCACUGAGAACCUCGGGGAGGCAGGUUACUCAGUGCUCAUCCAAUCACAGGAGAACGUGGACAGCACCGUGAAAACCAUCAUGACACUCAGCCCUGACAGCGUCCUGCAGCACGGAGGAGCUACAGACCCCAACAGGAGAGACGGUCUGGUUCUGACAAAGUCUGGUCCGGCAGAGUUUCGGUUUCGCCUGGCGGGCGUCCAGUUGUCCGACAGAGGUUUCUACUGGUGUGACAUCACAGCAUGGACCAAACAGCAGCCGGGACAAGCUUGGACCAAAGCCACCAGGGCAGAGUCCAACAAAGUCAAGAUCGACUUUCAGGAAAAUGGCCCGUCCUUCUCCGUCGCCAUCCAAUCAGACACCACCAGCGUGUAUCCGUGGGAAACGGCCAAAAUGGAGUGCUCGCUCAGGGUCUCUGGAUCCUCCCCAAAGACUGGCUCACACACAGAUGACCUGGCGUAUGAGGUGCAUUGGUUUUUCACCAGGCUGCGCGGUGGAGAGACGACGACCCAGGUGGCCAGCGUCGACCGCUUCGGCGUUGUGAGGAAAGACACUCGCAACUCAUCCAGUGACGUUUCGAUAGAGCGCAAAGAUACACACACCUACAUGUUGAACAUUCACGGCACUCAGGACAGUGACAGUGGUGAGUAUCACUGCGUUGCCACUCCCUGGUACCUGUCGGCCUCAACUGGAGCCUGGACUCAAGCUGGAGAGCUGACGUCAUCUCGAGUCUUCCUUACAGUUCGAUUUGCUGUGUGGGAGUCCCUUAAGUUACCUCUGUUAUAUGGAGUAGCAGCCUCAAUAGGUGUGGGCCUCUUCUCUCUGGUCCUGGGUCUGGUCUGCGCCCAGUGCUGCUGCCGCAACACCGCGCACACCCCACGCUCACGCAACAAACUGAUGGACCUGGAGAUGGACUGACAAACACUUUCCCCCGCACCCACACACUGCAGCGCUCACAGGAAACACCACACACAGAACCGACACACGCCCAUAGACGAUUUCUGGGACACCCAGUUGUUUCCAUGCGACGGACGUUGGGAGUAAAAUGACACGCAUCGCUUUGGAAACAGAAGCCUGACACACUCGAUCUCAGUGCUUUAAGCGGUGCUCAGGGUUUCUCAGCUCUGCAGUGGAGGAGCAGGGGACUUUUCUAAGCACCAAUGAGACUUCUGUGAAGACACAUUGAAAUCUGUGGCGCUUCCAGUGAAUUUUUUUUACACAGAUAUAUUUGCUCCCAGUUCAGAUCAUAGCACUACAAGAAGCUCUGAAGAAUCCAGAGUUGAAUUUUUGAGGAACAUUUGGCUUCUGAGACGUCACUGCCACUUGGGAAUAAAGGACCACGAUACAGAUCUGCUGCCUCUGUUACCACAAGGGAUAACUAAAGGAGCGCUCAGGCUGGACUACUUUUUUUCUUCCAAUGCCAAGGUUCGAGUCUCUCAGAGUAACGGCACACCAGCGUUCCCCGUUGAAUUUUCUUUUUUGAGGAAGUGUGGAAAAUUCAAGGGGUGGUUGGGGUUGGAGAGACGGAACGUAUCUCUCUGUUACGUCACAUGUCUAAAGUUAUUUUAUAUUCGCAGAGACUGGAGGUUUAGGCAGCCUGAGCCUUAUUUCUGUCAUGGAAUACAUGUUCAUACGGGCAGCAGAAGUCCUAGAAAACGAAAGUGCUCCGCGUGCUUUCCACACGAGAGGUAUUGCACUACAACUACCACCCCAGAGUAUUCCUACCUUAACAAAAGGACGAUAUUUACUUUUAUUCUCUAGUUUUUUUAAAAAAUUAAGAGAUUUUAAAAUGAGAGACAUUUUUAAGCUUUACACGGAGAUAUGCAGUUAGUGUGUUUGUGUGUGAGAUAUACUGUACGUGGUGCCAAUAUUUGAACUGAUGGAGGUGUGCUUGGUUCAAAUCGCCAGAUCAACACUUGAACAGCCACUAAAAGUGGCAACAGCAAGCACUCUUCUUUUAUAGAUAUUCCGAAAUGUAUCCUGCUGUUAUUUUACCAGAGUCUCGUGUGUGUUGGUGUGAGUGCUGUGCUACAGUAUGUGAGACAAAGAGUUGCAUGUACUGUUUUAUAACGACAGACUGACGAGCAACACAAGCCUUUUCCUGGGUUACAUUUUGACGACAUCAAAGUCUCCCACCUCCAGAUUUUUAAAACCUUGCUUCACUGAUCGAGUCUCGUGUGUUCACACCGUGAGCAACAUGACUCUCUGUGGGCUCUGGUGCAACAAACUAUUACUUCCAUGUUUUGAAAAAGAAAACCAUGCAUGUUUCUCAGUUUUGUUUUUUAAAGGAAAAGUUCAACACUUGGGGAAAUAAGUUUAUUUGCUUUCAUUCCAAGAUGAGAGGAUCAACACAAUCUCUCAUGUGUGCUGUGUGGUCUUGUUGUGGUUAGCUUAGCUUAGCUUAGCUUAGUUUACAGACUGGAAGCAGGGGAAGACAGCUAGCCUGGCUUUGUCUGAAGUUAAUAAAAAACACACACUAGCACCACUAAAGCUCACUUAUUAACACAUUGUAGGUUGUUAGUUUAAUCUCUAGACAUUUUUGUGUGAUGCCGUUUUUUUGUUUUUUUUUUGGCUGAGCGGGUGGAUAAACUGUUGAUGAAGCAAUAGUUCUACAAUGUAAUGCCUCCUAAAACCACAAAUGAUCAUGCUGACAUUACAGUUUGUGUACAGAUUAAACAAACUUUAAAAUGUGUUAAUUAGAGGUGCUGGUAGGCAUUAUUUUUUUAAUUUAAUUAUUUAAUAUUGGGCAGAGCCAGGCUAACUCUUUCUAUCUGCUUUCAGUUUUAAUGCAAUACUUUCUCAUACCUAAACAAAAGAAUAAAUCAAUUUUCCACUGACUUUUAAAACAACAUACAUUACUCUUGUAACAGUUGCAGUUUUAAACCUAUCCUAGCAUAAGUACUUUUGUCACUAACGUAACGUGACUUAUGUCUCAUGGAAGAAGUCACAUAUGACACUAGCCUAGUAUGCUUCACUUAGUAGAAUACUAGGCUUUGUCAUAAUUUAAAAAAGUUAACAUUGACUUUGUAGUGCAAACAGCAGUCUCCUGGCUAUAAGUCCUGUGCAUGUUUGACCCAUCCAGCACUGCUACUGUCAGGCACUUUUCCCAUCUUAAUGCGACAUUACACUUUGUCACUUUUUAUGCAGGUUACUUCACCUACAUCUCUGCUCCCAUAAUAACUACUACAACCACUAGAGGGAGCCACCUUACAAUAAACGUAAGUAUGGGUCGUAAUAAGCUGCAUGCACAGUCGAGCUGUGGGAUCGUUUUUCGGUCUUGAUGCUAAGCUAAGCUAACAAUCUCUGACUCAGCACACAGACAUGGCAUUCAGAUCAAUCUCCGUUUUUAAAUAGGAAGCAAAUAGGCUUACUCCCCAAAAUGUUGAACCAAUCUUUUUAACAUUUUUGUAAAGCCUCUUGUUGUCAUUUUUGGUUUAGCUAGGCUAGCUGUUUCCAGUUUUAAAGGUCCAGUGUGCAGGAUUAAGUGGCACCUAGCAGUGAGGUUGCAGAACUGAAACUUCUGAGCUACUGUAGAACAACAUGGGGGACUCCACCACAGGGGAGUACCUGCUCUGUAUGUAAAUUUAAAUGGCAACGAAAAUAUAGUUGUUUUUUUUCUGGUGAUUAUAAACUAAUGAAACCAUAGAUCUGAAUAUUGUAUACCAUUUCUGCCAACAGAUGCCCCUAAAUCCUACACAGUGGACCUUUAGAUAUUACUAACUAUCCAGAAAUGUAACCAGAAAACUUUCAGUUUCAGAGCUUCAAACUCUGACACUAGACACAGCCUUUUUUUUUAAAUAAUUUAGGAUGUUUUUUCCAUUGUGAAAAUUGAGAAAAAUUGUACCUUGCACUUACCAGCCAAAACUGAAAAUCAUAUCUGCACAACAAAAACUUUACCAGCUGAUAAUGAAAGUCAUCUGUUCCCAGCACGUGUCGGCUGACCUCUGCUGAGUCUCUGCGGUGGUUUUCUUUUAAGCAAAUGAAUGAAUCGUAUCACGUUGACUGCUGUGUGAACACAGGCUCACAGUUCCAGCAACAACACACACAAAGUGAGGCCAUUUGUGUCCAAACCCAGCAGGACCUAAACAGACCUGUUAGGUUUGUCGUAAGAUGUGCCAGGCUGUGUUUCCUCCUUCACUGACUGGGCUUGGUUAGCGCUUUGUUUGAUGUUUUAAAUAGUUUUAAAAGGUAUUUUAAGCAACUAUCGGAACUGUAUGAGCAAUAUCAGGCUGUGGUCAGGUCAGUCAGCGCAUGUGAAGCUGUACUCUGGACAUAUUUUUUACCCUCAGUCAGAACUAAAACAUUUAAAGAUACGAUUAUUUUAAGACAUUGGAUGUUACAUAUUCAAACCAUGAAUCUGUUGUUCACUUAGCUCUGACUUUGUGCACCAAAACACCUCAAAUUCGGCCUGGCCGGGCAGCCAGUGCAGAAUACUUAAUUAUUAUCCAGUCCAAACAAUCCCCAAAUCCAUAAAUAUCUCUGACUGAAGAACUCCAAGAGUUUAUUUCAUAGCUUCAGGAAACACCCAGACAAACCUGUACACAUCCUGCUACAAUAAUAUAUUUUAUUUUCAGUUCGGGACACUAAGGGGUUAAACCGAAAACCCACUUUGAGACAUAUUGAGACAAUAUGUGUGUUUGGGUUUGAUUGAUUGUGACAGUUUCUUCAAAAACUUCCAGUGCGUCUCCAUAAAGCUUCUCCACAGGUGUGUGUGGGGGUGUGUGUGUGUGUGUGUAUGUCUCUCUCUCUCUCUCUCUCUCUCUGUGUGUGAUAGAGCUGUUGCAGUAUUCAAAAUGGGUUUUACCACUAUCACGAACACACACACACACACUCACAGUACUGGAGCUCACAGGUUAAUGAUAGGGCUCCGUGCCAAAUGCUCUUAACAGUGAACAACACAAACACGUAGCAUUGAUACACUCCUCUGAACAUGUCACUGCAAGGUUUCCCCAGUGUCCUUUUACUUUGUCAUUUUAUUGCAACGAGUAUGAUGAAUCAUGAUGAUGGUUUUUUUUUAAAUAAAUAGAUUUGUAAGAUGUAUUCAUUUUGUAAAUUAUUUCAUAUGUCCUGAUUUUAUUGUGUUUUUAUGGUAAUGAUUUCAUUAUUGUUUAUUCUCGAUUUUGUUACCCAGCUGUUUCCCCCUCAUGGUGGUGUACGUGGAAUAAGGCAGUACAGGAGGAGGCGCACAUUAAAAUCCUCCAGGACUGUAACAUGCUCAUGCUUGUUUAACCCAAACAAUGUGUAAUGUGACUGCAGUUGCUUCGGAUCGAGGUCAGGACUCAUUUGUUUAAAACCGGACCGAGACCACCUCUUCAGGAUGGUCUCGGUCCGGUUGUUUUGGUGUGCACCUGAGUGCGACUGCUGUGUUCACACCUGCCCAAACAAACAGCCCCUAGGAGGCAAACCAACUUGAGUUCAAUUGAAAAGAACCAAACGGGGCAGAUAUGAUAGCUGCCUUAAAAACAGCUAGUUUAUGCAGAAUGUCCCGUUUCAUGCAAGGGAGGAUUCUCAGUACCAGGUACUGUCCAGGACCAUGGUUUUUCGGUGUAUCAACUGAAGCCUCUGAAUGGGCGUUUCCCAAGACAGGGCCAGGCUUGCUGGGAGACACACCAUCGCUUCUGUCAUGCACUGCUGACUGGAGCAUGUCAUCAAGCUGUAAAGCUUACGAGCAUUGACGUCAUGUUAUUUACGUUCUCACAAAACCAACAUAACAUUAGCUAUCAAACGUUAUCAAUUUAAACCGUCAAACUUUCAAAUUCCAGUUGCCCUUGGAAAUUAAAUGAUAGCAUGCUAACAUUAGCGCACAUACCCUUCAGAUGCUACUUUUUCAUGUUAUUUCCUGCACACUCAUUGCUGUGUUCAUCGAGCAUUUUUCAUGUGGAUUCUACUUUAAACCUCACCUUCAACAUUGAGCUUGUAUCUUGUGAUCACACCAAGCCAACGGUCCGUCUUAGGUCAAUGGCGGGCAGUCGAUGAGCAUCUGUUGCCCUAAUUUUGGGGCAUUUCCUGCAUGGCUGGCACUAGCCAGCCCUUGUGGCCUGUUUUUUGGUCGAUUCAGCAUGCUGAAUUGGUGUCCUAGAUGGUGGAGCCCGUUGGUGAGAGAAAUCCUUGUGAUUGGCAGUUCAGCUCAGCACAAGAGAAGGGAAACAGAAGUGAGGGAGGCAAACAAACAAGACGGCGUGAGAAUAAAAUAAACUUGUUACAUUAGGUCCGAUUCAUUAGGUAAGAUUUCUUCUAGCCACUGAGCUCUUUAGCAGAAAGACUUCGUAAUUGUUUGCAUUAUCGUUUGCUGCCUCACAGUAAAUAGAAUUUGUUCUUUCGACAUCAGGUUCAGUUGUUAAUGUGCUAACUGGCUAACUAGCAUCUUGAAUCCAUCCUGUCGGUCUUACAGCUUCCCCUUUUUCAGUGGUGAGUACAGAUGAUGCUGCCUGCUGCGAUGGAGAGUGAUGAAGCUCAGCGUAAGUUCAAUAAGGUAGACUUUAUUUAUGCUAUAUCCACUGACAAUUUUCCCUCUAUCCCACUCCUACUGCUUCCACCAAUCAGCUGACGAUGGUGUUCCCUCUCCAGGUUAGCCAGUCAAACUUUGCCACGAUCUCCUUCAGCCAUUCAUGUUGCUGCUGCCAAACUUUGAAUCUCCACUUUGCUCCUGUCAGCUGUCAUUUUAGGCAGGUUGGCAAUCGUUCACAUUACCAACCCACAAAGCAGCAACAGUAGCUCUGAUAGGCUAGCUGUUGUGUUUUGGUUGGAUCUCCAGCUGCUGCCCUGUCUGUCUGUGUGCAGCCAAUAGGGGCGGUUCAUACUAGGGUUCCUCAUGAUGUCACUCUUCUUCCCCCAAAUCAACAUUUAUGUGUUUUGUGUUUGUACAGUUGAUUUAUUGUCUGAAUAACACCAGUAGAUAUUUAAAUGUGGAGGUAGUUCUGGCUGGCCCACAUUUGCCCUCUUUCUGUUAAGAUGUGGCUGCUGAUUUUUUUUUUCCACAGGAUCUGAUGUGGUCGUGAUCAGAGUUCCUGCUCUGAGACUUGUGACAAAUGUGGGCCAAUUUGGUUUUUCUUCUCCG